AUGUUAUCAAAAUUACACGUAGGCCAUUUUGGUAUUGAGAAGUCUAAAGCUAGCGCAAGAAAACUUUUUUAUUGUCCUGGUUUGUCUCGAGAUGUUCAGGAUUUUGUUUCAAAAUGUAAAACUUGUUUGAAAUAUAGUAAAAGUGUAGUAAAAGAGCCACUAAUGCAACAUGAAAGACCAAAUGUCCCAUUUCUUAAAGUAGCAGCAGAUAUUUCAACUUAUGCAGGUAAAGAUUUUUUAUCAAUAAUGGAUUAUUACAGUAACUGGCUUGAAUUAUCUCCCUUGGAUAGUAAAACUGCUUCAGAAAUCAUUUUGAAAUUAAAGUGUAUCUUUGCUACCCAUGGCAUUCCUUCUAGUAUCAUCUCAGACAACAUUCCAUUUAACUGCAAAGAGUUCAAAGAAUUUGCCAAAAGUUGGGAGCUUACCUCAAUCACCACAAGUCCACGAUAUCCCAAGUCCAACGGACUUGCUGAGAGAUCUGUUGCCAUCUGUAAAGACAUUCUUAAAAAAUGUAGUAAUUCUGGAAAUGAUAUUUAUCAAGCACUACUUGAGUACAGAACUUCUUCAUUGACAGGUCUUGGUGUUUCACCAUCAUAA